UCUAAAUAGGGAAAUGAGUGAUGACCUGAAACAGAUUUUGAGGGACAGUGGAGUCCAGGGUCUGAAGGACAAGAUUAUUGAGAAGAAGAGACAGCAGCUUAAUAAGAGGAAGAUUAAGGAUAAGGAACGCUAUUCAGGAGGUGUUAAGGAAAUGAAGGAGGAGGUUAAGAAAAAGUUUAAGAGUGCUAGUCAAAUUAGAGAUCAAUAUAUCCUGGGUGAUUUAAGCUUCUAUUCCUCCCAAAAGAAGUCAUCUGAAGUAAUGAUCGGGUCUUCCAGUAACGAAAAAGAGAUGUCUAUCCGAGAACUACAGUUUCAGAACAAGCUAGCUGAGUUCAACUAAAUUCAGAAACAUGGAAGAUGAUGAAAUAGAAAAGAUUGAGAGAAAAUAAGAGAUUCAAUUACUUCAGAGAAGUCCUCGUUGAUGACACAAAUAAAGAAGUUCACAAUGGCUUAUCAAAAUACAACAGAACUGAAAAUAUUUCAGUUGAGAGGAUCGCCAGGACCUCAAGUCCUUUUAAAAGGAAAAGUUCAAAGACUUCAGUUCCAAAAUGUGCUAAGAGGCCUUCUAAGAAAGUGAAAUUGAAGAAGAAUAUUAAGAGUCAAAGGACUUCUUACUUUGACUUUGGAACUAGAUGCGGAUAUAUGUGUGACAAAAUAGAUAAUUUUAAAUGGAAUGAUAUUACUAAUAAGCAACUAGCUGAGAAAGUCAGGAAAAGUAUCCAAGAAGUGGAUAAAGUUUUAAUGUUCAAUAAUUUUGCAAAAAUUCAAAGGAGCCAUUCAACUAAUUCAAAAGUGGGCAAGACAACUAGUUUGCUGAGACAUGAAGAGAAUUUUAGAACUCCAAGCCCAAAGGGAUCAUUUCAGAAAUUUCGAGAACUUCUAAAAUCAAAUAAUUUAGUUUCAAGUCCUCAAAAGAAUUUUAGCCCUAAUAAAAUUGCUAAGGAGAAGAUUACAGAUCCAUUGACUGGCUCCAAGCUGUCAACCUGGACGAAAUGAGAUACUGAAAUGAAGGAGGAUAUCUUAAGACCUAAGAUGAGCCUUUCACCUAACAUGAGAUACAACAGAUCAGAGACAAAUUAUGCUCUCUCACCAUGCAAUCCAGUUGUUAUUACAGAUGAAUUGAAAUUUUCGAACUCAGAUUCAUAUCAAGAAGAGAAGGGAUCUUCAGGUGAAGAUCUUCUAAUAAAGGUAUCAUCAAGAGAGGAAUCUCAAAAAUCAGAGAAGAAUUUAUCUGGAAAACUAGAGAGUAUUGCUGAAGACUCGUUAUGAGAGUACCAAGAGGCUCAGACUCCACAAGAAAAGGACUCACCUCAAAUAAAAACAGAUCCAAUAUUAUUCUCGGUACAAAUGAAUGAGGACCAAAUUAAAGAUGGAGGCAAAUUGGAAAGUCUAAGGGAUGAUGAAACUAAGUUCAUAAUCCCAAAGCUUGGCUUGUUGACCAAUAACUUACCACUAGACUCCAUAUCAGAGGAUAUCAACAGCCCCUAUUUUGCUAGCUCUCCUAGUAAUAUGAACUCUUGAGGGAUAGCUGUGAAUAAUUCGAAUCUUGAAAAAGUGGGGAAUCUCAUCGUAGAGCCUAAGUUUAGCUCUACUCUUGAUAUGAAUGAAGGUGACACGAGUGGAGAUAGGAAUUUACAAAGACACGGCACCUUUCAGACGGGAACAUCAGUCAGUGAAAAUUAUAUAGAAAAUGCCAAUCUCGAUACAUUAGAGUGAAAACUCGAAAAAAUUAUGAAGAAAAGGAGUAAAAGGAUUGAGGUCUUUGAGUCAUACCUUAGUCAAUGGCAAAAAGAGAAAUUCAACACUAUUGUUAGCUCUAAAGACCAGAAGAGCACUCGGAAUCCUGACAUAGAAAUUAAAGCAACUCCUAAAAAGAUAAAAACUAAAUCAAGAGCAAGGAAUACUGGUCUAAAAGCUUCAAAGACUCCUACUUAUCCUUCAAGGAAGAAGGCACCGAACUAUUGGUUAAGCGGAUCAAAGAAAAAGAUGGAGGGUAAGAUCCUGAGCCCAGUUCUCAGAUCAACUAGUCGAAAUACCAAGCAAGCCUCAAAAUAUUAUACUUAA